UAUCAGGUGGCAGACAAUGCUACACUUUAUGGUGUUUGCUUACAUGUGUCCGAGAUUGUUCAGAGGCCACCUGGUAUUUUAAGUGCCUCAUCACCCCUUACACAGUCAUCUAGAGGAUGCAGCCGGUUUUUGGUUUCUGCACCUCGAUGCUAUUGCUUGCUUACAAGAGUUCCUUUUUUUGAGUUGCACUUUGAGAUGUUGAACAGUAUCAUCGCACAAGAGCGUCUGAACCGAAUAACACAUUUUGUCAGUGAGUUGUCUACUUCUGUUUAUUCCCCUUCAAUAAGUAAACUGCAUGAUCAGAUGAAUGGGAAUGCUGACUCCCCUGAUAGGGAGUAUUUUGAUGAUUGGACGGCUUCUGCAAUACCUGUUGAUAGAGCCUUGGCCCUCACUGCAGCUGCUGCUGGAAUUACCUUAGAUGAUGAGAUCCCAUCCUUUUCACAAAGGACACCAGAACCCCGUUCUCCUGACAGUUUGACUGCCAGCGACUCUUCAGAUGUAGGUCAUUCAAGGGAAUUGGAUAGAGAUGUAAGAAAAAGUUCAAACUAUUUUGAUGACAAUUCUUCUGAGGUCUCAGAGAACCGAUCUGGACCUUCGGAUCGAGCAUAUGCAAGUUAUGAAAGCUGCCAAGCUUCUCCAGAGAUUGGAACCUUUUUCUCCUCUAGGAGCCGCAAAUUAGAGCGCAUUGGGAGUUCUGACUCCUUAUUGGUCAGUCCAGCUAGAAGCAUAGCCUCAGAGGACGAGGAUGACGAACUUUUCGCAAAUAAUGAAAAAGAUUUUGGAGAUGAUUUGAUUAUGGAAUGGGCUAGGGAAAAUAAGAUUGAUUUGCUACAAAUAGUUUGUGGUUAUCAUGCUCUUCCUCUUCCUCCACGAGGUUGUGAAAUUGUAUUUCAGCCUCUUGAGCAUUUACAGGCUAUUGAAUAUAUACGUCCUCCAGUGUCUGCCCUUGGAUUUUCUGAAGAAUAUGUAGACUUAUUUGAAACUUCUGAGGUCAAAGUGAAGUUGGCUGCUGCUGAGGAAGCUCUUGCACUCUCAAUAUGGACAACUGCUACCAUUUGUCGUGUUCUCUCACUUGAAAGUAUUUUGGCGCUGCUUGCAGGAGUACUGUUAGAGAAACAAGUGGUGGUUGUAUGUCCAAAUCUGGGUGUUCUGUCAGCUACAGUUUUAUCUCUUGUUCCGAUGAUUUGUCCAUUUCAGUGGCAGAGUCUUUUGCUUCCAGUAAGUAUAUAAGAUUAAGGAACUUCUAGUUCCUGUUAGAAUCUUUGAAGCCAACAGGGUUUCACUUGGAUAUGGCUGCGUACUUUUAUCUUAACAAUAGUAUAUCAUCAUGUUAUUUCUUCCCAAAGUAGUCUUAACAUGUGCGCAAUCCCGGAAUUGGCAAACCAUUUUAGGAAUUUGGAUUUCCAUUUUUA